AUGAGCAGCAAAUGGUUGCUACAAGUUCUCGUUACUUUAUUACUACCUGCCCUUGGUUAUGGUCGCAAUAAUCAAAAGCAUAAGAUAGGAAUAUGGUUGAAGUUUAUGACGCUCGGUCCCAUGAUCGUUAAUAUAAUUACUAUAGUCUUUAUUCUACUCACUGUUCACUACAUUCAUCAAAUUACAAAACGGUGUGACUCUGUAGUUCACAGCACGCAUUCGCUUGCCCGCUGUGCCGUACGUUUAAGAGUUGGUCCAAACGCAAGAAAAUCCAUCAAAGAAUAUGCCAAGACCAAGCCAGAAUUAAAUAGGCUGCUUAUUGAAGCGCCGCUCCACCCAUCAAUGGAGUACAUUUGA